UUAAUAUUAAAGCUGUAUAAUUGCGCCAAUCCAGAACGGAUCAUUGUGAUAACGAGGUCUUGCAAGUGCUGAUACCUGUUGUUUUCUUUUUUCUUUCUUUGCUUUCCUUGUUUCCCCCUUUCUGUUGUUGAUUUCGAUUGAGGACUAAAUCUAUGCCAUACACUUCGCCAACGUCUAUACAGCCCUCAGAGGUUGAAGGUCAUCCGAUCCAGAAGUUUAUAAACAAGUUGGCAGGACAACCCCAAUCGUAUGCUAAGAAGGCUAAUUACAUAUUCGGAAAGACCCUUGGCGCUGGAACGUUUGGUGUUGUCAGAAGGGCCCGUGAUAUCAAUACCAAAGAGGACGUUGCUAUCAAAAUUGUCUUGAAGAAGGCCUUCAAGGGUAACGAAAGCGCCUUUUACGAUGAGCUCAGUCUGUUACAGAAAUGUCAACAUAAGAAUAUCGUUGGUUUUAGGGAUUGGUUUGAGAGUAAAGACAAGUUUUACAUUGUGACUCAGCUCGCCACAGGUGGUGAGCUCUUUGACAGAAUUGUUGAACAGGGUAAAUUCACAGAGAAGAACGCUGUCAAGAUUAUUGUCCAGAUACUGGAUGCUGUGGACUACCUUCACAACAAGCUGAACAUUGUUCACAGGGAUUUGAAACCGGAAAACCUGUUGUACGUCACCAGGGAUCCCGACUCGGAACUGGUCCUUGCGGACUUCGGUAUCGCUAAGGAGCUGUUAACCCCUGAUGAAGUUUUGACCUCCUCUGCGGGGAGUUUGGGAUAUUGUGCACCAGAGGUUCUCACCGGUAAGGGUCACGGUAAACCCUGUGAUAUUUGGUCAUUGGGUGUCAUAUGCUACACCAUCCUCUGUGGUUAUUCUCCGUUUAGAGCUGAGAACGUUAACGACUUCUUGAACGAGGUGCAAAAAGACCCUCCAGUUGUUUUCCACCGUGAGCAAUGGAAGCACAUCUCUGAGGGGGCCAAAAGGUUCAUACUGCGAGCAUUAACGAUCGAUCAGAAGAAGAGAGCCACUGUCACUGAGCUUUUGAAUGACCCAUGGAUUCUCAGUAACUACGAUGACUACGAUAAGGACGAUUUACUGCCGCAGUUGAAGAAGUCUCUCGCCAAGCAGAAAUUUGUCCGUGUUGUUGAAAUUGUCAAGCUGAACAACAGAAUCAAGAAGCUAAGAGAGUUGGAAACAGAUUCCGAUUCAGAUGAUACAGAUUUUGAGUUUGUUGAUUCUUCCUCGUCUUCUGACUCGAGCGCAUUCGACCUGAGUUCCGUAGCGAACUCUUUGAAGAAGGACACUACGAAAUCAGAAGUCAAUGCCUCCUUGUUCCAACAAGUUGUUAGAGCUGCAGCUACAAAUAAGGAAAAGGUCUUGAGCUAUAAGGAGCCUGAAGCAGGUAAUUGAGUUCGGUGUUCUGUUUGGGGAUGAUUUUGAAGCUGAGCCUUUGAUAUCCUAGUAUGCCUUGCUUACUUCGUUGU